AUCAUUUGAUGUCACAUGGAAAGAUGACAGAACGUGAAGCAAGACCAAAGUUUCGUCAGAUAGUUGCAGCAAUUGACUACUGCCAUUCUAGACACAUUGUGCACCGUGAUCUGAAAGCAGAAAAUCUUCUCUUAGAUGCAAAUAAACAAGUGAAAAUUGCAGAUUUUGGAUUUAGUAACUUCUUCCAAUCCGGACAGUUACUUAAGACAUGGUGCGGUAGUCCUCCUUACGCAGCCCCUGAACUAUUUGAAGGCAAGGAAUAUUCAGGGCCAAAAGCUGAUGUAUGGAGCUUAGGAGUGGUUCUCUACGUACUUGUUUCUGGAAAUCUACCUUUUGGUGGUGACACGUUGCAGAGUUUAAGAACCAAUGUAUUAUCCGGACACUUCAGGAUUCCAUUCUUCAUGAGUUCAG